AUGAACGAAAUGCAAGUCGCAAACAGCCAAAUCGUCGUGGGAGACAGGAGCAAGGCGGCUCCAUGGUAUUCCGUCGAGGCCCAAAUCUCCGCCGAGGCACGCAAGAUGCUCGAGGAGUACGCCGGCAUCCCGCCAGACGAGGUCAGAGACCACGUCGUCGCCAUGCGCGACAAGAUCUGGGAAGUCUUCCCCUACCCCUGCAUCGGCGAAUUCCACUUCCUCGACUUCAACCUCGCCCACCGCCCAGGCUACCCGCAACUCCUCGCCCGCCUCCAAGACAACCCAUCCGCGCGCCACCUCGACAUCGCCUGCUGCGUCGGCCAGGACCUCCGGCGCCUCGCCCACGACGGCGUCGCCUCGUCCAAGAUCGUCGCCGUCGAGCUGGAGCAAGGGUACAUCGACGCCGGGUACGAGCUCUUCCGCGACCGGGACCGUCUCGAGACGCGCUUCGUCAACGCAGACAUGCUGGACGACGGGGACGCGAGGCUGAACGCCAUGGAGGGGAUGUUUGACACCGCGCACCUGGGUCUUUGUCUGCAUCUGUGGACGCGGGAGCAGCAGAUGGUUGUGCUGCGGCGGGUGAUUCGAUUGUUGAAGCAGGAGCCUGGGGUGAUGAUUGUGGGUCAUGCUGCGGGUCAUGCAGAUGGGAUUGAGUUGAAGGGAGUUUGGGAUAAGCCUGCGUUGAGGCACAACUUGGAGACGUGGGAGAAGAUGUGGGCUGAGUUGUCGGAGCAGACUGGGAGUAAGUGGAAGUUGAAUACGGUCGUGUCUGAGCAGAUUGGGACUCGGGGAAUUGAGAGGCCCAGCUGGUGGGGGAGCGAUAUGAGAUUUGUCGGCUUCGAGCUUACCAGAGAGUAG